AUGUAUAUCGAGAACUGGGGGAACCCACCGACGCGUGAAGUUCCUUCUCGUCGGUCGUUCUACCUCGGGGCUGAGAACGGUGUGUCGCUUGCGGGGGCUACAGUGGAGGGUGGCCGUGCCGACUGCGGUUGGCGCGACUGGUGUGUUCACUUGACGUUCCACUCGUCGUAUGGCGUGCUGUCGGAUUUCGACGCCUUCGUGCUGGAUCGUUACGACAGUGCUGACCGGAUCUACGGCGAUGGUUUGUGGUACGCUCUAGAGGAUGAGGAAGGGUCUCCUCGAGCUUUCGCGCCGCUGGUGCUCGGUGGGUUUUCACCUGAAGAGCGUGCUGUACUCGGAAACAUUUCUAGCUGGAGGGUGGAAGAGAUGGCAAGGCGGUUCAACGAGAGCCGUGCCACAACGUGGACGCUGUACCCCGACUCGGACGAGAUGGAUGUGAUCUUGAGCUUCAAGCAGCUCUACACGCUACUGCCCGGCUAUCCCGAUGGCAACGUGACUCGGAGCUCUCUUAACAGCGAGAUCAUCUCUGAAUGGGGACCUGCUGAUCAAGUGUUGCUUCGCGUGACAGCUAAACGUCAGGGGAGCGGUGCCACAUCAUCUAUCAUGCCGCGCGUACUCAACUUCACGGGCUCGCAGCUGUUCCAAGUCGAUUAUUUCUCGUCGCUUGAGUAUCCGCAACACAUUGGCGAAAAUCUGACCGCUUCACCCAACGCGAUGACGCUUGACGUCGUGUUCAGCCGACGCCGCUAUGGCAGCGGACUCCCGUGGAAUCCAGCCCGUCCAAGCGAUGCGUGCGAUGCCUGCAACCAACGAGUCAUGAACCAUCCGGUCGUGGCUCGAUGUCUGCAUGGCACCGUGCCGGAGCGUAUCUUUCAAGAUAUCUACGAGCAGUCUGCAAGCGAGCAGAUGGAAUGGGAUGGAGGUGAUGGGCAGACUAAUGACGGCUCGUGGUCCUCGGGCUCAGGAUUCCCAGAUGCAGGUGAUCGAAGGUCUUCAUCGGGAUCUGGCUAUGGUGACGCAGGAUUCGGAUGGACCAGCCCCGGAUUGGGGUCAAGCGGGGACUUCAGAUACAAUGACGCCAGAUCUCGCUGGUCUUCUGAGCCAGUCUACCGAUACGAUGAGUCUGGUUCGCGUUGGUCUUCAUGGGGAUAUCGAGACGAUGGAUCUGCUUCAAGAUUUGGUGAUGUCGCUGGUCUUCGUCCGGAUCAUCAGGCGGUCCAGACGUUGGGGACUGGCCUUCCGUCAGAGACUUGCGAACUGCGUUAG